UUGGGCAGCGCCGUUCGGUUGCCGGAGCGGGCCGCGCUCCUUGUCUUCCUCCCCGUGUGGCUCCGCGCUCAGGCCCGGGAGGACGGACUCCCCCCUCGCCCCCUCCCACCCUCUCCGCCCCGGGCGGCGGCGGAGGAGGCGGCGGGGACCGGCCAGGCAGCGGAAGGAGCAGUACAAAAUGUCAAAAAUUAGAAGGAAGGUCACAGUGGAAAAUACCAAGACCAUAUCCGAUAGCACAUCCCGAAGACCCAGUGUGUUUGAAAGGCUUGGACCCAGCACUGGAAGUACUGCAGAGACACAGUGCCGUAACUGGCUGAAGACUGGCAACUGCCUCUAUGGGAACACAUGUAGAUUCGUACAUGGCCCUUCACCACGAGGUAAAGGCUAUAGCAGCAGUUAUAGAAGGUCACCAGAAAGGCCCACUGGGGAUCUUCGGGAGAGAAUGAAGAACAAGCGUCAGGACGUGGAGGCUGAGCCACAGAAACGAAAUACAGAGGAAUCGUCCUCUCCAGUUAGGAAAGAGUCUUCAAGAGGAAGGCAUAGAGAGAAGGAAGACAUCAAAAUUACAAAGGAGAGGACUCCAGAAAGUGAAGAGGAAAAUGGAGACUGGGAAACCAAUAGAGAAGACUCUGAUAAUGGAGAAGUUAAUUAUGAUUAUGACCAUGAGCUGUCUUUGGAAAUGAAACGUCAAAAGAUUCAGAGAGAACUCAUGAAGCUGGAACAGGAAAACAUGGAGAAGCGAGAGGAAAUAGUCAUUAAAAAGGAGAUUUCUCCAGAGGUGGUUAGAUCUAAAUUAUCACCGUCUCCUUCACCAAGAAAGUCUAAAUCUCCAAAACGAAGGUCAAGUCCCAAAUCUUCAUCUUCAGUUAGUAAGAAAGAGAAGAAGACUUCUACAGUGUCUUCACCGCUCUUGGACCAGCAGAGGAGUUCCAAAAGCACCCAGAGUAAAAAGAAGGGUCCUCGUACGCCUAGUCCACCUCCUCCAGUACAAGAGGAGACUCUCCUGGGGAAAAAGCAUAAAGAAAAACAUAAAGCAAAAGAGCGUUUAGAAGAAAAAACUAGAGAGGGGAAAGAGAGAGGACGUGACUUUGAAAGACAUAAGGAAAAAAAAGAGAAACAGAGGUCUACUUCCCCACCAGGGCAGCAUCACUCUCCCAUAUCAUCAAGACAUCACUCCUCUUCAUCACAAUCAGGCUCCUCUGUUCAAAGACAUUCCCCUUCCCCCCGCCGCAAAAGAACUCCUUCUCCAACCUAUCAAAGGACAGCUUCCCCACCUGUGAGGCGUUCCUCCUCUCCCUAUCCCCCACGCUCUUCAUCCUCUCCUCAGAGGAAGCGAAGUCCUUCAAGACAUCAGUCCCCAGGGAGAGAGAAGGGGAGGCAUGAUCGUGACCGGACUUCACAAUCACAUGACAGACGCCACGAAAGGAGGGAUGAAACUAGAGGAAAAAGGGAAAAAGAGAGGGAAACCAGAGAGGAACGAGAUUAUGACCAAGAGCAGAGUGCCUCCAGGGAUCAUAGAGAUGACCGAGAAUCUCGGGAUGGAAGAGAUCGGAGGGAGACCAGGGAUAACAGAGACCGCAGGGAGCCAAGGGAAUCCAGAGACACUCGAGAAUCCAGGGAUACAAGGGAUUACAGCAGAGAUAAUAAAGAUAGCCGUGAUCAGAGAGACUCACGUUCUAUACGAGAUACCCAUGACUACAGAGACAGAGAGAAUCGAGAUACCCAUAAAAAGGAAGACCAGUAUCAGGAGGAGCCACGCAGUUAUGGAAGAACCCAUGGCAGAGAAGAGAAUUCCCGUGCUGACACACGGAAUGAAUCCAGAAAUGAGUCGAGAAAUGAAAGUAGAAGUGACCGAACCGGCAGAAGUCGAGGCAGAGGUCCAGAAUUAUCUGACAAAGGAAGUCGGGCAACCAGAGGGUCUCAAAUUGACAGUCAUAGCAGUAGUGGCAAUUACCAUGACGGCUGGGAAUCACGGAGUAGCUACCCUGACCGAGACCGCUAUGACAAUCGAGAGCAAGCAAGGGAUUCAUCCUUUGAAAGAAGACAUGGAGAAAGGGAAAGACGUGACAACAGAGAGAGAGAUCAAAGACCAAGCUCACCAGUACGGCACCAAGGAAGGAGCGAUGACCUUGAGCGUGAUGAAAGGAGAGAAGAACGAAGGGUAGACCGGGUUGAUGAUAGGAGAGAUGAAAGGGCCAGGGAGAGGGAACGAGAGAGGGAAAGGGAACGAGAGAGGGAAAGAGAGAGAGACCGGGAGAGGGAGAGAGAAAAGGAAAGAGAACUAGAACGCGAUCGUGCCCGAGAACGGGAGAGAGAAAGAGAGCGGGACAAAGACAGAGAACGCGAACGGGACAGAGACCACCGAGACCAUGAUAGAGAGAGGGAGAGAGAGAGAGAAAGGGAGAGAGAGAAAGAACGAGAGCGAGAGAGGGAGGAACGGGAAAGGGAGAGAGAAAGAGAGCGAGAACGAGAGCGAGAACGAGAGAGAGAGCGGGGUCGUGACAGGGAUAAGGAACGAGAACGUCCGAGAGACUGGGAGGACAAAGAAAAAGGAAGGGAUGACCGCAGAGAUAAGAGAGAAGAUGUCCGAGAAGAAAGGAAUACAAGAGAUGUCCACGAGGAGAGGAAAUCUAAGAAGCGUCACAGAAAUGAAAGUAGCCCUAGUCCUCGUCCAUCACCCAAGCGCCGCCGUGAGCAUUCUCCUGAUAGCGAUGCCUACAACAGUGGAGAUGAUAAAAAUGAGAAGCACAGGCUGCUAAGUCAGGUUGUGCGACCACAAGAAUCCCGAUCUCUCAGCCCCACGCACCUUACAGAAGACAGGCAGAGUCGAAAGCCAGAGAGAAAGGAAAGUUCAAGACGUUAUGAAGAACCAGAGUUCAAAGAGAGGGUUUCUUCAGGAGAUAAACAGAGAGAGCAGAGAGAACAAACAGAAGUCACUGAAAGCUCACGGACCAGGGUUCAAGAGAGCUUAGGACAUCGCCCUUCUGAAGAACGAGAUGCAUCUGAUAGAAUACAUGAGGAGAAUAAGAAGAAAGCUAAAGUGCAGAAAAAGACCACAAAGAAGAAAAAAGAUGAUGACAUCGGGGUGGAACGGUACACUGAGUCAACUGUAGAAGGGGGCCAGGUCUUUUCACCCAAGAAAGUUCCAAAAAAGAAGACUGUUGAGAAGAAACGUAAGAGGUCAAAGGGUGAUUCUGAGGUUUCUGAUGAAGAAAUUGUCCCACACCAUAAAAAGAAAAAAGGCCCAAGAACUCCCCCUGUAACAACAAAAGAGGAGUUGGUUGAAACAGUACCUGAGAAAGCUGUGGCAGUAGAAGCUGCUCCGAAAAGAGAAGACACAACAUUUAGUGACUGGUCAGAUGAAGAUGUUCCAGAACGUGGUGAAAUCAUUGUUCCAGAAAGAAGCACUGAAGAAUCCCACAGAAAAAGCCAUAGACUGAGGGGAGAAAAGGUAGAAACCCCACAUGUUACUAUAGAAGAUGCACCUCAUCGCAAACCUGUGGAUCAGAAGCGCAGCAGCAGUCUUGGUAGCAAUCGAAGUCAUACUUCAAGCAGACUUCGAUCACCCUCCAAUGAGUCAGCUCAUCGCAGUGGAGAUGACCAGACAGGUCGGAAAAGGGUCCUGCACAGCAGCUCCAGGGACAGAGAGAAAAAAAGCUUAGAAAUCACCGGGGAACGGAAGUCUAGAAUUGAUCAGUUGAAACGAGGGGAACCCAGCCGCAGCACGUCUUCAGAUCGUCAAGAUUCAAGAAGCCACAGUUCAAGAAGAAGUUCUCCUGAAUCAGAUCGUCAGGUCCAUUCCAGAUCUGGGUCCUUUGAUAGCAGGGAGAGGCUUCAAGAACGAGAUAGACAUGAUCACGAUCGUGAACGAGACAGAGAAAGGAGGGAUGGAAGGCCGAGAGAAUGGGACCGGGAUGUAGAUAAAGACUGGCCACGGAAUCGUGACAGAAUCAGAGACCGAGAGCGAGAGAGGGAAAAAAGAAGAGACUUGGACAGGGAAAGAGAGAGACAACUUCCUGAUACUACUGAAAGAGACAGAGACAGGGACAGAACGCUUGACAUUUCUUCUCAAACAGAGACAACAAAGCGCAAUGAACCAAAACUGGACAGGGAUCAUGAAAAGGAAUCUGAUGGGGUUUGCCGGGAUACUACAGCUUUGGAGAAGGAAAGGACAGAAAAGGACUUGGGAACUUCACAAGGAUUUGAAGAUGGAAAUGAAGCUGAGAAAGUGGAGAGCUUAGAAGGAGGAGAAGAUGAGGCCAAGAUAGAUGAUGUGCAGUCACUAGGGUCUGCUGCUGGAGAAUAUGAGCCAAUCAGUGAUGAUGAACUAGAUGAAAUUCUGGCAGGUGAUGCUGAAAAGAGGGAGGAUCAACAAGAGGAUGAGAAGAUGCCAGAUCCUGUUGAUGUAAUAGAUGUGGAUUGGUCCAGUCUUAUGCCAAAGCAGCCAAAAGAGCCACGGGAGCCUGGGGCGGCACUCUUAAAAUUCACACCAUGUGCUGUUAUGUUGAGAGUUGGCAUUUCCAAACGACUGGCGGGCCCUGAACUCUUCACCAAAAUUAAAGAAACCUGCCAGAGAGUUUUAGAAAAACCUAAAGAUGCAGAAAAUCUGUUUGAACAUGAACUUGGGGCCCUGAACAUGGCUGCAUUACUGCGAAAAGAAGAGAGAGCAGGUCUUCUUAGUAACCUUGGUCCUUGCUGUAAAGCCCUGUGCUUUAGAAGGGAUUCUGCAAUUCGCAAGCAGCUAGUGAAAAAUGAAAAGGGCACAACAAAACAGACUUACACGAAUUCCCCAGUAGUAGACAGUGACUUAUUAAGGUUGAGUCUACGGUUAUUUAAACGCAAGACUCUGUGCCAAGGUCCUGGGCAGGAAAAGACAGAAGAUAGUAAACUUCCACAACCAAAUAUCCAGCAGGAAGUAUGUGUGUCUUAAGCCAAUGUCCACUUUGGAACUCCAUCUAGUUUAUCUCCCAUCAGUCAUGUUGAUAUUUAUACCCUUUGAACUUUUUGAUUUGGUUGGAAAGCAGCUGUAAGACACUGAAGAAAAGACUGUUUUUACAGGUAAUUCUAUUAUGUGUUUGGAGGGAAUAAUUAAUAGUAAAAAUACAAAGAUCUUUGUUUUCAGUUCAUUUCAACUUUUAUAACAUUGAAUCUUACAAUGUAACA